AGAGAGAAGUGAUGCACGUCGACUGAGGCCUGAAUUUUUGCAGCGGCUUUGUCACAUGUUCAUUUCCUUCUCUCACAUGACCUCUUGUUUGGCCCCGUGAUCAGGCUUUCCUUCUACCUGGAAAAUUUAAAAUCCGAACUUCAGGACACAUGGAUAUGCUAGAUCAAGCCCUGGACUCCAGCCAGGAGAAGGGGCAAGAAGGAGAGGAGCAAGUCACAAUCCAUGCAGUGUCAGAAGGUGGUGAAACGGCAACAGUUACAGUAAAUGCCUCUGAUGACCAGACUGCUGCCGUGAUCGCGGCCCAGCAGGGAGGGAGUUUCACAGACGGCAACAUUCAGUACCAGUUCCGCACAGAGAGUAAUGGACAGGGACAGGUGACGUACAGGGUGGUGCAGGUGACAGAUGCUGCAGCUGGAGACCCCCAGGCUGACACCUCCCAGGUGAAUGUGGUAGUCACCUCAGGAAACUUUGUACCUGCUUCUCAAACUGUCACCCAGCAGGCGGUGAUUCAGAGCCAGUUUGCCAAUGGCACGAGUCCUUCCACCGUUACAGAGCACAAUGCCGGGGAGACUCGGUUCACCUACUUCCCUGCUACAAGUGUGGGGGAGGCAGGGUCAACCCAGACUGCUGAGGGCACCACACUCACACAGACUGCAACAGGAGAGUUUAUCAUCCAGACAAGUGGAGCAAGAGAGGCAGUGACCACCACCCAACCCGAAAAUGUCACUCUGGCCCAGCCAGCACAAGGAGUGAUUGGCCAAGAUGUACACCAGACAGGAGCACCAGGUCAGUUCUAUGUCAUGAUGUCUCCACAAGAUGUUUUGCAAGGGGGAGCACAGCGCACCAUCGCACCAAGAACACAUCAGUUUAGUCCAAAAAUGGACAAUACACGUCCAGUUAGGGACGAAAGGAGAAGAGUGUCCCACAAUGAAGUUGAACGUCGUCGUAGAGACAAAAUCAACAACUGGAUCACAAAGCUGUCUAAGAUAGUCCCAGACUGUGCCCAGGACCAUACGAAGCAAGGACAGGUGGGGAGUAAAGGAGGCAUCCUUGCCAAAACGUGUGACUACAUCCACGAGCUGCGCACGGCAAAUGCCCGAAUGGCAGAGAGUCUGAAGGAUGCAGAGCGCAUCUCUGUGGACGCAGAGUUGCUACGGCAACAGGUUGAGGAGCUGAAAAACGAGAAUGCGCUUUUGAGGGCCCAACUUAACCAACAUGGCAUUGAAGCUGUGAGCUCCAACCAAUAGUGUGACCAGUUGUGUGGAUUUUAUCAUGUUGUACAAAGGAGAGAAUGGAAGUGGGACCUUUCCCAGGGAGCAUCUCAGAGUUGACUACAUACCAGAAGAUGUUGUACCAUACAUUCCAAUAGCAGUACUGUGCAGUUUCCCUUACUCCCAGUUUCUUUAGAGUCCCAUGUCUGUGCUGUACCUAGUGUAAAGAUGAGUGGAGAAGAACAUAUAGGGACCCAAAAAAUGUUAACUGGUGAAAAUGAUUAGUGUAAUCUUAGAUUUAAGUUGAUCAAAGCACCUCAAAUGUUCAAACAUACAUGCUCACUUCCUCCAUGUACUUUGAAUAUGCAGCUAUAAGAAUUGUGUGUUGCUGUAGCGGACUGGUAGAAUGUGCUUGUGUGAGUGGGUAAGUGUAUGUGUGAUAGAAUUGUGGUUCCUGCCACAAGUACUAUUUGUGACAGAAAUGCUCCUCAAACUAGUCAAAGGAUUGCUGAGGACUCUUUCUCUGUCCAAUGACUAGAUCAACUAGUUAUGCCAGGUGAGGCGUGGUUACCCUGAUGAAGAAGCCCUCUACUAUUCAAGUGUUACAUGUGGAAAUGCUUCCAUUAGUUUGAUUUCAGUAUUCUUGAUUGCUUCUAUUAUAUUAUUAUAUUCAUCAGACAUCACAUUUUCUCAUAGCACAGUCAGACAGUGGUCUUCAUUCACCAGAAAUGUUAUGUGUACUUAGGACUCCAAAUAUGUUUAGUUUUGUACAUGUGCAACAUAACAGGAGUGGAUGCUGAGCUCACUUAACUUGAAUAUUUGUUUUGAAUAAAAGAGCAUUCUUGUUAAGGUUAUCCUUAUGUAUAUAGACAGACACAAAUAUGGAUUGACUUUGGGUGUAGUUUAUUUACAGCUAGUAUGUAGCUUUUGAUUGUUGUGGUGACUGGUGAAUAUAUGGGAAAUAAAAUGUAUGCUCUUGUUUUUUUGUAGUCAAGGUAGCCAAGUAUCGAAAGAUAAAAAGUACCAGUGAUAUGCAUAGUUGUUGGCCUCUACAUUGUGUACAUACAGGUAUUGUAGCCAAUCACACUGAAACAGUAGAGGGUUUUUUGUAUAUGUUGCCACUGUGAUAUGUUGGGUCCUUUUUGUAUGCAGUUUUGUACCUCAUGCCCCAGCAAAGUUGAUACCCCAUGCAAUGAUGAGUUAAGCCUUGAUAUCUUCUACCGGUAGUAUUUGUGGGCGGACCAGGAAGGAUAAUGAAAAAUGGUGUUGGACAGACAAUUUGUUGCUAUUUCAAAUUUGGGAAGGAAACUGUAACUAAGCAGUAGUAAUUAAGAUAUGGAACACUGACUUCAGUUUGUGUGUUUAACAUUCAGCGUGUUAAGGUAACCAUCUGGCUCCAAAUUUGUUUUGGUUAUGGAGUUAGGUGACUGAGAAGUUUAAAGCUUUAAACUACAUGUAACAUUGGAACAUUGAAGCCUCUGUUAAUGUUACAUAUUUACCAGAAUGUCUUCAUUAAUUCAGCUUCUAAGGUCCUUCCUGGUCUGGCUUUGAGUCCUGUGGUCCAAACACAGGGAAACUUCAAUAGGGGCCCAAAAGUGUAUUGUUCAUAGGUACCUGGAAGAAAAGUCUCAAGUCUAUGUAGGAUAGGUUUGGUGAGAAGAUGUGUGAAGGAAAGCCACAUUCGUAUGUGCAAAAAUCAGGAUUUAAGAAGCACAAGAAUCAGGAUUAUAGGACAUGGUGUAAAGUAGCGACUACCAUAUUAAAUGAGCAGAAAUUUAGACGUCAUGUGAAUAAAGUGUUGGUAUGUUAGACGACAUGACAGUUGAAGCUCUCUACAUCAGAUAUUCCUCUACUCUGUAUGAAUAGGUUAAUGUGAUUGAUGUGUGGCAGGACGUGUAAUCUAUGAACAAAUGGUAUGUGUUUCUUUUUGUGACUCUUCAUCAAAGUGUACAUAUUUUUGACAAUAAAGAAAACCUGAUGAGAAACUGACACC